AUGGCUGACACCCCUUCAUAUUUUCCUUCCAAUUCACCUUCAAACGCAUGCAAAUGUAUUAAAAAAGUCGUUAAUGGCGGAAUUAAUUUCCCCUCAAGCUUUUACUCACUGGACUCCACACAAAGCAAAAUAAAACGUAGCUUCAUUGACGGGUGUUUGGAUUUGCAAGAUGCGUCUUCCUUGUCUCUUGGAUUGGGUUGCUCUACAACCUCCGGUCUCACCAUGUUUUCCGGCAAAGAAACUGAAGAAAAUUCUUCCGGCAAUCUUGAUCUUACAAUGAACCUCAACACACAGAACGUUGACCAAGUCAAACCAUCAAGGAUUGAAAGAACCGAAGUUGAUCUUGAAUUAAGUCUCGCAGGUGGCUCAAUUGAAUCUGAUGUAACCGCUGCUCCACGUCAUCCAGAUGGAAAUUACCCCUUUUGCCCCCGUUUCUUACUAAAGACCCUACACCUCUUCUUCACAAUAUUCAAGGGUAACGUGAAAGACUGCCGGUUCACCGGAUGCACACGUGGCGCAAGAGGAGCUUCCGGAUUCUGCAUCUCCCAUGGUGGCGGCAGGCGGUGCCAGCGAGGCGGCUGUCAAAAAGGAGCCGAAGGUAAAACAGUGUUCUGUAAAGCCCACGGCGGUGGUCGCCGGUGCGAGUUUCUCGGCUGCACCAAAAGCGCUGAAGGCCGUACAGACUACUGUAUCGGCCACGGUGGCGGCAGGCGGUGCAGCCACGAGGGCUGCACCCAUGCCGCCAGGGGAAAAUCAGGGUUAUGUAUACGCCAUGGUGGCGGGAAGCGGUGUAAAGCGGAAGGGUGUACGAAAAGCGCCGAGGGUGUUACCGGUCUCUGCAUCUCCCAUGGUGGUGGCCGGAGGUGCCACUUUCCGGCAUGCACGAAAGGUGCUCAGGGGAGCACGAUGUUUUGUAAAGCUCAUGGUGGUGGGAAGCGGUGUACUUUUUUAGGGUGUACGAAAGGGGCGGAAGGUAGUACGAAUUUUUGUAAAGGCCAUGGUGGUGGGAAGCGGUGCACGUUUGAAGGCGGUUGUACGAAGAGUGUCCAUGGUGGGACUCUAUUCUGUGUGAAUCAUGGUGGUGGAAAGCGGUGCGCGGUGGCCGAGUGUACAAAAAGUGCUAGAGGCCGGACUAGUUUUUGUGUUCGUCAUGGUGGUGGCAAAAGAUGUAAAUAUGAGGGGUGUGGGAAGAGCGCGCAAGGCCGAACGGAUUUCUGUAAGGCACAUGGCGGUGGAAGGCGGUGCUCGUGGGGCCAACCGGAACAAUCCGGUGGUCAAACCUCAACUCCUUGUGACAAGUUUGCUAGAGGGAAAACCGGUCUUUGUGCUUCACAUAGUCAGUUGGUUCAAGAUGACCGGAUUCCUGGACUCAUGGUGGACCAACCUCAACCGCUUAUGGCGGAAUACGGUGGCUACGUGCUACCAGAAGGCAGGGUUCAUGGCGGCAGUUUGAUGGCUAUGCUUAGAGGAUGCACCGGUGGCCAGUCGGAACAGGGGGGAAGUCAGCCUAUAAAUGGUGGUAGGUGGUAG